AUGUCAAUUGAAGGCUCCUCGAAUCAUAAAAUUGCUUUGAGUGCUGACGACAAGUACUCAAUGAAGCAUAAAAGAUCUGCUACGAUAUCAGAAUUUCGGGUUGCAAACUCGGUUGAAUCAGAAAAUGGGCAACAAAAGCAAGUUGAGCAAGUCGAAGAAAAUGAAACCGACGAACCACAUGUAAGGCUAACCAAAGUGGAACCAUAUAAAGUUACAAGGUCAAAAUCAGUUCACGCGUUUCAAGAAUAUGGAAAAGCAUUUAUUCGUUCACCUAUGAAUAAUUCAAUCAAGUCGUCUUCUCAGUAUGAUCUGCCAUCGUCUAACAUGCAACCAAGAAGUAAUAUUGAUUCUAAACUAACAACUCCUGUUGCUCCUCCUCCGGCAGUUCAUUCGUCUCCUUUUUUUUCAAAUACUAUUGAUGAUGAUAAUGCACAAACUUCGUUAUCGUAUUCAUCCAAUUUGCUAAAUUAUUGUCAAGAUAGUUCAAAUUUUAACUACACAAUUCCUCAAGGAGCUCCUGUUGUAGGAGAGAAUUCUAAUGACGGUGUUCGAAAUGCUACUGUGAUCUACCGGAAAAAGAAUGGUUCGGAAUCUGAUUACAAUUUGAAUGAAAUUUCUCCAAUUUCUAAUGAAACAAACUCCACUAGAUUUGAUAAAUUAUUAAAGGCUCUGUUACAGAAUAUUACAGGUAAUAGGUCUGCAGCUACAGUGAAAGAAGAUCAAAAAAGCGAAAAUAAAAAGUAUAGUGGAACAACUGCGUCUUCAACACCGAUAUUUCCCUUAUAUGAUGAACGGAAGAAGAAGCAAGUGUCUUCUGGGACUGGUAAUAGAGACAAAGGUGGUGACGAUGACGAUGAUGAUGAUGAUGAUGGAGAUGAUUCAUUUACUUCUCCUGUGUCAACUAAGUUUUUACCGAAUCUUUCCAGUAAAAUGUUUUGGGUGAUUAUCCUAAGUUUAAUUGUGGCAAUUAUCUUAAUGCUUGGGGGAUUUGUGCCUGCUGUCUAUAUUUUAUCAAGGGGAACUCCGGGCUCAGUUGAAAAAUUUUUUGAAAAUCUGAAAAAUUUGCCCUUUCUCUAUAAUUUAUCUACCAAAUAUUUGCAAGUUGUUGAACGACCAUCGAAACCUAAUUCAAUUGCUGGAUUAGCUGAUGAAUUGAAAGAAGAUACUGAAGUUGUUGCAUUAAUGAAUGUGGUUUCUAAUGUGUUAUUUCAUGGCAUAGCAUACUCCCCAAGUAAUGCAAUGGAGCCACUUUGUGGUUUCAAUAAACGAGAUGCUAUGUUAGAUUUGGCCAAGCUCUCAACCAUAACAACGAGGAUUCGUAACUAUGGUAUGCAAUGUGAUCAAAGUGAAUUGAUUUUGGAUGCAAUCGAAUAUAUGAAUCUUAAUAUGACUUUGGCCAUGGGUGUUUGGAUAGGAUCAAAUGAUGACGUCAAUAAGCAACAAAUGGAUUUGAUGAAGAAAGUUGUUUCAAAGUACCCAGAUCCCCUGAGAUUAAUCAAUUCAAUAUACAUUGGAAAUGAGGUAUUGUUUCGGGAGGACAAAACAAGAGAUGAAUUGAUUUCCUAUAUUCAAGAUGCCAAAGAUUUCUUGCAAUUACUAGGUAUCGACGACAUUCCCGUUGGCACUUCGGAAAUUGGCUCUUUGAUAGACCCAAAGCUUCUUGAUGCUUGUGAUCUUGUCGGGGCGAAUAUUCAUCCAUUCUUUGCUGGUGUGCCGGUCGAGUACGCGUCUGCUUGGACAAUCGAAUUUUUAAAUCUUCAAGUUCAAGCUUAUAAUGAAAACAAUACCCCAAUUAUUUUGAGUGAAGUUGGAUGGCCAAGUGGCGGAGGCAGCUUUGGUCUGGCAGUUGCUAGUCUUGCUAAUUUGCAAUAUUUUGUUGGUGAUUUCCUAUGCACGUUUAGAGACUUGCCCAUUGAGUAUUACUACUUUGAAGCGUUUGAUGAACCGUGGAAGAGUAUUUUCUGGGAAGAUAAUCAACAAUGGGAGACCCAGUGGGGUAUUUUUAGAGCGGAUAGACUGAGUAAAUUUAGUCUACAAAAUAUAGGAUGUAUGUAA